UUUUCCCACCCUUCCACCUCCGGCACCAACACCGCCACUCCCCAGGCCAGGGUAACCACCACAACACCCUGCAGAGCACGGAAGACCCUGGAGCUCAGAGAAUCGGGGAAACUUUUAACUGAGGCAGCUCGUAAUGACACAUGGACCAGGGAGCCGUGCUGCUGUCUGUCACAAAUGACGGCUGUUCUCAGCGAGGGGCCCUGCACGCGCUCCUGAGCAGCGGCCAUGGGCCUGCUCGCCUUCCUGAAGACCCAGUUCGCCGUGCACCUGCUCGUCGGGUUCGUGUUCGUGGUGAGCGGGCUGGUCAUCAACUUCGCGCAGCUCUGCACGCUGGCCAUCUGGCCCGUCAGCAAGCAGCUCUACCGCCGCCUCAACUGCCGCCUCGCCUACUCGCUGUGGAGCCAGCUGGUCAUGCUCCUGGAGUGGUGGUCGGGCACGGAGUGCACUCUGUUCACGGACCAGGCCACGGUGGACCGCUUCGGGAAGGAGCACGUGGUCAUCAUCCUCAACCACAACUUCGAGAUCGACUUCCUGUGUGGGUGGACCAUGUGUGAGCGGUUUGGCGUGCUAGGGAGCUCCAAAGUGCUCGCUAAGAAGGAGCUGCUCUAUGUGCCCCUCAUUGGCUGGACAUGGUACUUCCUGGAGAUCGUGUUCUGCAAGCGGAAAUGGGAGGAGGACCGGGACACUGUCAUCGAAGGGCUGAAGCGCUUGUCCGACUACCCCGAGUACAUGUGGUUUCUGCUGUACUGUGAGGGAACCCGCUUCACGGAGACCAAGCACCGCGUCAGCAUGGAGGUGGCCGCCUCCAAGGGGCUGCCCCCGCUCAAGUACCACCUGCUGCCGCGGACCAAGGGCUUCACCACCGCGGUCCAGUGCCUCCGGGGGACAGUCGCAGCCGUCUACGACGUCACCCUGAACUUCAGAGGGAACAAGAACCCGUCUCUGCUGGGCAUCCUCUACGGGAAGAAGUACGAGGCGGACAUGUGCGUGAGGAGGUUCCCUCUGGAGGAGAUCCCGCUGGACGAGAAGGAGGCCGCUCAGUGGCUUCACAAGCUCUACCAGGAGAAGGACGCGCUGCAGGAGAUGUACAAUCAGAAGGGCGUGUUCCCAGGGGCACAGUUUAAACCUGCCAGGAGGCCGUGGACCCUCCUGAACUUCCUCUGCUGGGCCACCGUCCUGCUGUCCCCUCUCUUCAGCUUCGUCCUGGGCGUCUUUGCGAGCGGCUCUCCUCUCCUGAUCCUGGCCUUCCUGGGGUUUGUGGGAGCAGCUUCCUUCGGAGUUCGCAGACUGAUAGGAGUGACCGAAAUAGAAAAAGGCUCCAGCUACGGAAACCAAGAAUUUAAGAAAAAGGAAUAAUUAAUGGCUGUGAUUGAACACACAACCUGACGGUGGUAUCCUAGUAACUCGAUUAAAAACAGAACACACACAGAGCGGAGGACAAAAAGACACUUAGAAACUAUUUUUCUUAUUAACUGGUGACUAAUAUUAACAAAUAAAACUUGAGCCAAGAGCGCGAGGUGGGAAGGCCGCCCGCCAGGGCCCGGCCGCUCGGGCGCGAGUCCCUCGAGAACUCUGCUUCCAAGAAGAGCCUUUGGCUGCUUUCUCUCCUGGAGCCUAGAUCGAGAAUUUUUGGUUUUUAUCAGUUGUUUUGGGAACUUAACCUGGCCCCUCACCUCUUCCCCUGCACCCCAAAAAACUGCCUCUUCAUGAAUUUCCGCCGUCCUCGUGGGAACGGACUGCCUGGGUCCCAGUCGCCCCGAGAGCUCGCUGGGCCGCUCUGCUUGGCUGCACUUGGCUUCUAGACCCUGGGGCCGAGGGACGCUCUCCCCGUGAUAAGCACACCCCCCGAAUGUCUGUCGCAGGCGGAUCCAUAGCAACCCCGCCCUGGCCUCCGCCCCGCGGGCCGUGGGUGAGCCCGGUCCAUUCUCUGGCGCCGUCCGCCCGUCCAGUCUGGCCCUGUGUGCACACACCUUCCGUCUGUUUUUUCCCCGGGAGCGGCCCCUGAGGACUCGGCAGAGCGCAGAGUUCCCCAGGUACAGCCCCUCUGCCCCCGCCCUAACACGGCGGCGGGCCCCAGUGCCCCUCGCUGGGCGCCAGGGAUAGAGGACCGCCCGGCCACCCUGGCAGACCGGGAGCCCUGCGGCCUGCAGGCCUCUCUGGAGUGCUUUUUAAGACGUGACGUCACCAUUAAACCUCUUUCCUUUAAAGGUGGGUGGUGGGAGGCUGUUCAUACCGGGCUUGUUGGCUUCUAGAGUUUUUAUUCUUGCUAGCUGUUCUCUUGUUGGGUCUCAGCCUCCUGCUGGAAGCCAGAGGCGGGUGCCCCGUCCCCCGCCGCCGCGCACUGUGUCCCUGGGGAGGGCCGGCCUCCGUCCAGGCAGGUGCCACCAUCGCGGCCCGGCCCACCCCCCACAGGUGUCCCGGCCACGGCGCCACCUCCCAGCGUCCUGACAGAGAAGGAGGUGUCCUCGCAGCCACACGGCAGUCCCUGUGGCCCCCAGCCCAAGUGGAAGAAGUUUCUUCCCAAGGCACAUUAAUGCCCAGCUCUGCCUGGGCCCAGCGCGUGGUAGGGGAGUCUCUUCCGACUUCUCCCCACGGCCCGGCCCCUCCCUCAGCCCCACGGGGCCAUCACACCACCGCCCACCUGCACCUGGCUUUUUCCCAAACUUGCAACUUGCUUGUUUAAAGUCACACUCCCCCAGUUUAUUAGCAAGGGGGAAGAAAUGGAUGUUUUCUCUGCUACACUGUAACCAGCAUUCUGAAUAGAGGUAGGUUGAGUUUUUGAGUGCAAAAAAUUAAGGAAAGAGGCACGGAGGAAAGUAUAGAUAAAUUGAGAGAAUAAUUAUACCUCGGCCCUGCGAGGGGAGGGUCUGUCAAGACAGCGCAUCUUCCUUCCAGAAGGAAGACACUGCCGGGCUCUGUCUGGGACCACACCAGGCUGGUCCCGAGAGACGGGCGCGGACACCGUGCCGGGGGCAGGUGGGGAGGGGUGCGCCAGCAGGACAGAAGGAAACACCGGGGGGACCACGCUGGUCCGGGGUGUGCUUCCCUCCGUCUGCAAACCCGCCCCUCCCCACCUCUGCCCGAGCGGUCCCUGCAGGGCGAGAGAGUUUCCGGGGUUUUCUCCUGCGACACGCUGCUCCUCUGUCUUUACGUGUGUUUUAAAUCUGUCCUUCACUAAUUCACUAACACCCAAAAGAUCUUAAAGGAAAAACACUGAAAGGUACUACCGUGCACAUACACGCCCUAGAAAUGUGCAGAUCUAGCUCUUUUUGCCGUCUGAUCCGUAGUCCUCGCUCCCUCCCCUCGGAGUUCAUCGGUCUGUGGUGGGUGAGUCUGCCCGAGCCAGCGAGGACUGUGGCGAGUCCUAGGUUGAAAUGGCAUUGAGGCCACAAGCACAAGUUUCGGUCGCUCCCGACUUCCUCCUGGUCUGAAAGCUUAGCUUGUGUGUCUGAACACCGAGCCUUUGAGAGCAAUAAAAACUACACCAUGAAUGUUUUGGGUUUUUUUUUUUCUUUUUUUUUAAUGAGGGGGUGGAUUUUGCUUUUCAUCUCCUUUAGAAGGUUAGGAGGAGGAGAGCUGCUUUAACUUUUUAAAUUAAAUCAAUAAAUCCCAGAAUAGCACUUUUUACAUUUUCCCCUUUAUGCCCGGCUGCCGGGCUCCAUUCAUUGCUGCUGUGAUGUCCAAGUUCAAGCCGAAUGUUGGGGCCGAAGUGACCCUGUGGCCCCAGCCAGUCUGUGCUGGCCACAGGGGUUGGGGGACGUCUCCGGCCAGGCUGCCCCCAGAAACCAGGCCUGGCACGGGCUCUUCCGGGGUCACUGCCUGGCGCCUGUCUCAGCUCAGCAGGGGCCGUGGGGGCUCCUGCCCGUCCUCCCCAGGGCCCCCUUCCUCACCUCCCCACACGCGUGUCCUGGCGUGGAGUUGGGUUGUGGAGCCGGCUCCUGAGCAGACCCCUCUAACACUAGGCGGGGCUGGGGAGGGGCUCGCAGUUCUCUCGGCCCCCUCUGGAGAGUUCCAGAGGUUUCUACGAUGUCUGUGGCCUUUCACGGUGCCUUUAUGGAGCUGCCAGCAUCCGUGGGCCUUCUGGCUUCUCUCUGGGGUCCUUCCGUGACAGUCCCCUCUGGACGCAGGCAGGCAGACGCCGGGGGAGGGCACGGUCGGCCCGCGGGGGACCACGCCUCACAGGUUGGGAGACGCUAUUCCCCCAGACUGAGGCCUUCGCGCCUGGAAACGGCCACUCGAUAAGACUUUGGGCCCAGAGAAGUGACAUUGCCCAGCACUUGGUGGCCGGUACCAGGUGCACAGCCCUACCUGAGGUGCUUUCAGGCCCCUGUCCUCAAGAGGCACAGAGUGUGGCCGCGUGAGCAGCACUUUCUCGUAAAACGGUAACGAGUAACGCAGGUAAUGCCGCUGACCGGCUUCGACUCCCCCCCCCUCGUCUGCCCUGCCCCGUGCCGCCCCUUAUGUGCACCGUGUGUGGCGCGAGACUGUCCCCGCCCACGCUCGCCCAGGUGCCGCUGGGCCUUGAGGUGCGUCAGGAGGGCGGGAGACGUGCGAUUCAGGAGCUGCGGGCGGCUGUCCCCGCCCGUUGUGGCUGCCGGUCUUUGUCAGAUUCGGGGUGAAGGAUUACUUCCCUGCAUGCUCUAUCCCUGCCCGAGACACUUUUAGGACAAGCCAAAUAGAAUCUUUUCUCGGCCCCGCCGACUUUCAUCCGGGUCGCCGGCUCCACGUGUGUCCGCCAGCAGCCGCCGCACGCACCCCGGCAUGCAAUGCCCAGCGCCCCGGCGUGACGCGGCUUCCAACCCUCGGCGGCAUGACCGGGCCCGGGGCUAAUGCUCGUGCCCGGCACGCCUGCCUUCUUUCUGGGAAUGGCACACCCCCGGCCCAGGUGCCUGCCCCUUUCUCUGGCCAAACCCGAAGGCAGCCCCUCCAGAGCACCCGGGCCUGGGCAGGGGCCCGGCCGCACCAGGGGCUCAGCUCUGGCCUGUGCCGUCACCCUGCCGCGGGCUGCCGGGGCGGGGGUGGACACGCACGCUCCCCUUUCUUGCAUGUCAAGGCCAGGGUGCAAAAAACACAGGGACAGUUUUUAGGUGAAAGAUGUCACAGUGCAAUCUGCAUGGGGGGUGGGGGUGGACACACACGGAUUAAGUUUUAUCACAAGCAUUUGCUGCUUGUUAAUUCAGGGAAAACGGUGGCAUUCGCACCACCUGCUCGGGAGGCAAAGCGACACUUUUAGGAAGUUCACAGGAACGUUGGCAACGGUCAGCCCAGGCACCAGUAGCGUAUGUGCUUUUCAAGGAUUGUUGAAUUGUCUUAAAAUUUUAAGCUUUGUAAUGACAAGUUCACCUGGAGUUUCUCAUUAACUUUUCAGUUUCUUUUGGUUGCAAAAGUACUUGGGCGGAAGUCGAACUGUGAAUGGGAUACUGAAAUGCACUAAAUUGUAUUAAAUUAAACUGGAGUUACUUGAUAACAAUGAAGAAAUGCAUCCGAUCCACUUGUAUUUAUUGUCUCAGAACUGUACGUUGUGACAAUCAAAUGUUAACUUGCCUACAUGCCAGGAAAUCCGACUGGCUUCCUAAUCACAAAGAUCGCCAGCAAGUACUGUAACUAAAUGAAAAUCUCUCUGGAAAAACCACACAAACCACCGACUCGAGUGCACGUGACAGACAUCGGGGUUCUCUUCCUAUCGUGGAAGAGUCCCCACUCUGCUCACUGUCGGCCGGCCAGCUUCGAAGGGAUACACUGUAUACAGGGUGCAACUGUAUUAUAUGGAUGUUUCCUUUUGUACACUUCAUUUUUACAAGUUUUGCUACUCACAAGCUUUCCGUAGCGGAGGACAGAGGUGUUCUUGGUCUAUAGCAGCUCGUCAGGGGUGGGGGUGCCUAGACAUUACAGGCCCACGUCCCAAAGGACUGGCUGUGUGCGCCAUGCUAUGCAAGGAUCUCUGUGUACUCGGGCAGGCGAGCCCGCCGAGGCGGGUGGCUCUGUGUGGCGGUGGCUUCCAGGCAGGACGCUGCAGGCAUCGUGCUUGUUCAUUUCAGUUGCUGCUGUGAAAGAGAGUGAUGAACUAUCCACAAUACAAGAGAAUGUGAC